GCGCCCUGGACGACCUCGAGCGCGCCUUGGCGCUGAGCGGCGGCCGGGGCCGCGCCGCCCGCCAGGGCUUCGUGCAGCGUGGGCUGCUGGCGCGACUGCAGGGCCGGGACGACGACGCCCGCGGGGACUUCGAGCGGGCUGCGCGGCUGGGCAGCCCCUUCGCGCGGCGCCAGCUGGUGCUGCUCAACCCCUACGCCGCUCUGUGCAACCGCAUGCUGGCCGACAUGAUGGGGCAGCUGCGCGGCGCCCCGAACCAAUAAAGCUGCCGGGCUCACCGA